GAAACUGAGAGGCAGCUCUCUCACUACAAGACCCAACUAUAAUGACAACGAGCUAAGCAAAGGUAACAAAUUCAACAAGAUCAGAGAGACGGCCACUCAACCAUAUCCCACUUCUGCAAAGAAAUCCAAAACACAUGUUGAAAAACAGAAAACUAGUAUGAUUCCAAUUAGCACUGGCAAUACACCGACAGAAACUACUUCUCCACAAGAACCAAACGAUAGAGAACGAAAGGGAACCACAACGAUCAAACCUACCAAAGCGCUAACCAGCGACUCAAAAUUGGACAAAGAAAUGGAUGGCACAGGCUGA